CGGGCUGGGACGGGCGGAGCGUCCAGAGGCUCCCGAGGCUCCCGCCGCCCCCGCUGCAGGUCCCGCCGCCCACACACCGGCUCCCCGCCGCCACCGGGCCAGGCACCGGCACCGGCACCAUGUCGGUGGCGGGGCUGAAGAAGCAGUUCUACAAAGCGACCCAGCUGGUCAGCGAGAAGGUCGGAGGGGCCGAAGGGACCAAGUUAGAUGAUGACUUCAAGGAGAUGGAAAAGAAAGUGGACGUGACCAGCAAGGCUGUCACAGAAGUCCUGACCAGAACCAUAGAGUACCUCCAGCCCAACCCAGCUUCCAGAGCCAAGCUCACCAUGCUCAACACCAUGUCCAAGAUCCGCGGGCAGGUGAAGAGCCCCGGCUACCCCCAGUCCGAGGGGCUGCUGGGGGAGUGCAUGAUCCGCUAUGGGAAGGAGCUGGGAGAGGAUUCCAACUUUGGGGACGCGCUCCUGGACGCCGGCGAAUCCAUGAAGCGCCUGGCGGAAGUGAAGGACUCGCUGGACAUCGAGGUCAAACAGAACUUCAUUGAUCCCCUGCAGAACCUGUGUGACAAGGACCUGAAGGAGAUCCAGCACCACCUCAAGAAGCUGGAGGGGAGGCGCCUGGACUUCGACUACAAGAAGAAGCGGCAGGGCAAGAUCCCCGACGAGGAGCUGCGCCAGGCCAUGGAGAAGUUUGAGGAGUCCAAGGAAGUGGCAGAGACCAGCAUGCACAACCUCCUGGAGACAGAUAUCGAGCAGGUGAGCCAGCUGUCAGCCCUGGUGGAUGCCCAGCUGGAUUACCACAGGCAGGCCGUGCAGAUCCUGGACGAGCUGGCCGAGAAGCUCAAGCGCAGGAUGAGGGAGGCCUCCUCCCGUCCCAAGAGGGAAUACAAACCCAAGCCCAGGGAGACCUACGACUUCAGGGAGCCUGACCAGUCCAACGGGGGCUUCUCCUGCAACCCCACCCCCAAAGCCUCAGCUUCCACCUCUUUCCGGUCGGACAAGCCGUCCCGGGCCUCCGUCAGGAGUAUCCCCCCCCUGGACCAGCCCUGCUGCAAAGCCCUCUACGACUUCGAGCCCGAGAACGACGGCGAGCUGGGCUUCAAGGAGGGCGACAUCAUCACCCUGACGAACCAGAUCGACGAGAACUGGUACGAGGGGAUGAUCCACGGCCAGUCCGGCUUCUUCCCGCUCAACUACGUGGAAGUGCUGGUCCCGCUACCUCAGUGAGACGGCGCCGCUCCGCCCCGAGUGUCCCGAGCUCCAUUCCAGCCCCAGCCCCGCCCUCGCCGCCUCCCCUCGGGGCCAGGCGCUACCAGGGAACAAACCAGAAGGGUCCCACGGCCCCUUCCCCCCGUGAAUUUGGUUAUUUUCUUUUUUUUUGUCCUUUUUUUUUAAUUUUUUUUUGUCCUUCUGGUGCUUGAACUUCGGUACUUUGUGCGCCCCCAGCCCCUGGCCGUGCUGCUGGCACCGCCCUGUCCCUGUCCCUGUCCACUUCCCGUCUUUCCUGUGGGUCCAGCGCGUGGGUGAGGCAGGUGGGAGAGCCAGGAUGUGUCCUGGGCACAGGGGGCACAGCCAGGAUGUGUCCUGGGCACAGGGGGCACAGCCAGGAUGUGUCCUGGGCACAGGGGGCACAGCCAGGAUGUGUCCUGGCACAGGGAUGGCCCCAGGGCAGGGCAGCCCCAUUCCCACCCUCCUGCCCCAGCCAACACCACCCCUGUCCCCACAAAUCCCAGA